AUGGAUAAUAGAAAUACUUCUCCAUUUCUUUCCACUUUCAACUUUGUUCUGUGCCCUAAUUCAUUCUUUUUACUCCGAUUUAUUAUAGGUGGGUAUGAUUCUAUUAUCAUUUCCUGCUUGCAUUUUUUGUGUUAUAGCUAUGGUUUUUACUUGACUUUUUAUUUUCAAUUUCCAAUAAUUUAGUUCUAGUAUAAUUCGAAAAUUUAAUGUAGGAGGGUUAGUUUUUUUUUUUUUUUUUGUGGGUUGUAUGUAUCCAUUUUGGGCUUGAAACAUAAUGAUCUGUGUGGAUUUUAUUUUGCAUUUUCAGGAAUUCAACAUCUAUAUUCAUCUUUCAGCUUUGUGCUUAGGGGUUUUUCUUGGAGCUUGUGGACCUUUUGAUUCUUUCAUUUUUUUUCAAUUAUGAUUAGUUGGAGCAUGUAAUUGUGUUUUAACGGUUCUUAAAAUUUAUGUUAUUAUGGCCUUUGGUCCCAGUAACUAAGCCUUAUUGGAGUGAUGGUUUACAUGCCUAAUCUGGCAAUUGGGGUUUCAAUGUUGAAAUCUCCUAGUAAUUUUUUUUCCCUUUUGUAACUAUCAUCAUGUAAUUAAAUUUCCGUUAUUCCCAAAUUUUGGGGAUGACAUGAGCUGUGAUGUUGUAAUAAGAAGUUACUGGGUUGACUAUAAAAGCUUUAUUGUAGAGUUCAUACGGAGGCUAGGGUUUGAAAUAAAUUGUGAGGUGUUGGUUGGUGCUCUUCUUUUCAUGUGAAGUUUUACUUUUUGUGCUUUCCUUAUGUUAAUAUAUGGUUUCAAUUGGUUCUAUGGUUUCCUGUAUCGUUUUGUGUUUUGUCAGUUAUUGUGUUGGCUGUUUCAGCAUUUCGUGUGAUGAAUGUAUUCUCCAAGUGUGCUCAACUUUGUGAGACAAGACUAUGCUGGUGGUUGGCUGCUGGCCGCCAUAUGGUAGGGCCAAAAGUUCAGUGGUUGUUGGUUGUCGCUGUCAUUAUCUGGGCAGACAUUAAUUGACAGAUGGUAGACUGUUUUGUGGUUGGGCUUAGUUUUAUAUUCACCGAACCUAUUUUGAUUACAUAUUCUCUUAUUUAUGUAAAAAUGACUAGAAAUUGAUUCCUCUAUAUACUUUGCAAUAGAUAUAGAACUCCCUGUGUAUUAAUGUUCGUAAAUAAAUUUGUUUAUGAAGUAGCCACAAGGUUUGAAUUGCUUCUAUGGUUACUUAGUGACUGUCAAGCUGGGUCUUUUGGGCAAGGGUUACAAUGGAUUUAUCCAUUCAAAUUCAGAUAAUAAAAAACCACUGCUUUCAAGGUGUGGGUCAAAAGUGGGAAUCACAUCGAUUCAAAUCCGCAUUGACAAAGAUCUCUUGAUUCCUUGCCAAACAUUGAGAAUGAGAAAACUGGUGGCGUUAUCAUUUUUUGUAUUCCAGGUUUCCAGCUCUAAUUGCAUCCGUAUUGUUAGGCAAGCAGACUUAUGUAAGCUUCCUGGAAUGCCUUGUAUAACGGACCUGAUGUUUUCUCUUAUACCAUCUUAUUGAAAGUUGUCAGAUGUUGAGAUAUUAUUACAUAAUACUAUGGUUAUCACAGUAACACUGUCCUAUAUAUAUAUAUGUAUAUAUAUGAGUAUGACUGUAUGAGUGGACCAUGCACAGAUUGAUCUUUGCUAAGUCAGUGAUUUAUAUAUAUAUGAGUAUAACUGUAUGAGUGGACCAUGCACAGAUUGAUCUUUGCUAAGUCAUUGAUUUUUUAUUUCAUCAUUUUACUCUAUUGACCAGUCGCAUGGGGACGAAAUCAUUGUUUUUAAAUGUGUUAACUCAUUUAUUGAUGCUUAAGUGAACUUAGGGGGUUUGUGGGUCUUCUCUCCCUCAUAGAAGAGGUUGAGUGGGUGUUGAACUCCAGCUUUGAGUACGAGAAGGUGGUGAGAUUGACGUACCUCAACUUAACAAAAUCUUAAUCCCAACUAUUUAGAGAUUGAUGUACCUGCCAUGCUAUAUUUUUUAUUCUUAUGUUUGGUGGUGUUGACAUUUAUGCUAACUAAUAGGGGAAAUAAAUUAAGAAAAGAUAACUGAUUCCUUGAUAUGGAAAGAGAAUUUAACUAGGAGAUUCUCAGCAACCUAUUUUUCCUGUAGGAUCCACAGUCGAAUAAAUAGUAGCUAAUGAGGUUUGUACAUUUUUUUGAAAUAAUUUCUUGGGACUUCUGCCAUUAUUCCGUGCAUUCUAUCCCAUGACUUGCAGGGUUCAAGUUUCACUUGAGAUGUAAAAUGGUUAAGAGGUGAGUAGAUGAAGAGUUUGAGAAGGGACGGUGCAACAAUAUUUCUUCUAUAUGGAAAAUAGUAAGUGCUUUGAAUGUUAGGACAAACCAAAUGUUGAUUUUUAGCGUGUUUGCAUUUAUUUAUAUGGAAAGAGCGCAGGCUGCUUUGUCAAUCAUUUUUUUUUUUUGUUGAUGUAGUUUUUUGGCUUCUUUAUGGAACUUUAUGUGAGAUUUAAGCUAAUAAACAGUUACUUUUGUUGCUUCAAAGUUGUCCUUGUAACUUAAGGGGAGUCAAGCACUGGCAGAGACUUCAAUAGCUAAAUCAGCAACCUGCGUAUUUAUUGGUUUUAGUAAUUUGUAUCAUAUGAAGUAAUUCAGCAUAAUUCGGGAAGCAUUUCUUGGUGCAAACUGUGAAAACAUGGUUUGGUAAUUUCAGUGACCACUUUGUACCAGUAAGGAGGCAAGUUGGGUGUAUUGUUUGGCUACUGGGUUAUGGGCCUUCUGGCCUGUUAAGAGGGAAUAUAUUUUUCAAAGGCGGCAUCAGAUGUACUUAUUUGAGCUCAUAUUAUUUCUGAAAGAUGGUAAACUGUGUAUUUGCCCGGUCUCUUUUUUAGGGCUCCAGCUUAUUGCAACUGCUGUCAUGGUGUUGCUGUGGAGAUUGCAAUUGUGGUUGCGUACAUCAUGUUGAGUGGCAUAUGUAUAUAUACAUCCUCCCUGGGUCUCAUCAUUCAUAAUGUUUACUCCAAAGAAAGGUGGGACCCCUAGGAGAAAUGAGAUCGUGUUCUUUGCGCCCACUGGUGAGGAGGUCAAGAGUAAGAGACUGUUGGACCAGUAUCUCAAAUCUCACCCUGGAGGUCCUUCUGCCUCGGAAUUUGAUUGGGGCACAGGUGACACUCCAAGACGUUCUGGCAGGUUAAGUGCGAAAUCAAAAGCAAUGGAGACACCAGAAAGUGUGACUCCCAAGAAAAAGCAAAAGAAAUCCAGUUCAAAGAAGGGAGCAAAGGAGGAGGAGAAGGAUCAGGCUGCUGGAGAAGGUGAGGCUGCUGAAAACAAGGAAGCUGCUGCAGAAGAAACUAAAAACAGUGCAGGCAUUGCUACGGAAGAUACAGAGGGUCAUGAGGACCAUAACAAACGAGAGGUGGUUGAUGAGGAAACUCCUGGGGAUAAAGACAAUAUGGAAGGAGUUGAGAAGAAGAAUGGUGGAGGAGAGGUAGUUACUGAGGAAGCUCCCACAGGCACAGCUGAAGUUAAUGUGGAGGAGAUGGUGCAGAAAACCACAGACAAAAUUGAUGAGAGGGGCAUAGAUGAACCGGAAAAUCAGAAAAUCAACUAUGGGACUUCUGAUACAAAGGAGGAAGAAGCUGAGAAUAAAUCACUGCUGACUCCAGGGCUCGANCUCAUAUACAAAGAUAACAUUAUUCGCAUAUAUGUUUAUUUUUUUUAUUAA